AUGGAUAAAAGAAAUGGUUCUGCCUUUACUGAAUUCAUACUUCAGGGAUUCACAGACAAUCCGAAAAUGCAGCUUGUUCUUUUUAUGGUCUUCUUCUUGGUUUAUGUCAUCACUGUAUUAGGAAAUCUGGGGAUGAUUCUGUUGAUUUGUACUAAACCCCAACUUCACAAACCCAUGUAUUACUUCCUGGCCAACCUCUCCUUUGUUGAUCUCUGCUGUGCCUCAACCAUUGCUCCUAAAAUGCUAAUUGACUUAUUAAGUGAAAGUAAAAGGAUUUCUUACAGUGGCUGUGUUACACAGCUCUUUGUAUUUGCUAUCCUUGCAGAUGCAGAGUGCCUUUUGCUGGCUGUGAUGGCCUAUGACAGGUAUGUGGCCAUCUGCAAUCCACUCCUCUAUCCAACUCUAAUGUCCAAAAAGGCCUGCCAACAAAUGAUCACUAUUGCGUACCUUACAGGCCUGCUAGAUUCAAUGAUACAAACUUCCUCCACAUUCCGGCUAUCUUUCUGUAGCUCCAACGUUAUCAAUCACUUCUUCUGUGAUGAGCCUCCACUCCUAAUGCUCUCCUGUUCCGACACAUAUAUUAGUGAGAUUGUGUUAUUUACCUUUGUUGGUUUUGUUGAAGCAAGCAGCAUUGGGAUGAUUUUUGUAUCCUAUGUUUAUAUUUUGGCUACAAUCUUGAGAAUGCAUUCCAGUGAGGGUAGGCACAAAGCAUUUUCCACCUGUGCUUCUCACCUGACAGUUGUUGGGAUAUACCACGGGACAAUACUCUUCAUGUACUUUCGGCCCAGCUCCAGCUACUCCAUGGACCAAGACAAAUGGGCUUCUAUGUUCUACACAGUCGUGAUCCCCAUGCUCAACCCUCUGAUCUACAGCCUGAGGAACAAGGAGGUGAAAAAUGCUAUGUCAAAAUCUCUUGGCCAUAUAUGGGUUUGGAAAGGGAAAAGCUUUGUUUUACAAUGAUUUAAAAUGGUGGCCAUUGGAGGGGGAGGGUAGAUACAGAAGAUCUAUCUAGAAGGCAUGGCAAAAUCAGAUUGGGGAUAUGUGAAUUUUUAAAGGAUGUGGCCCUAGAAAAUUUAAUAGGCAACUUAAUAAUAAUGUCUACCGCUUUUAAAAAAUAAAGGAAAUUCAGUGGAAAUAACAAUACAGGUAUAAAGUGUCUUAGCCAAGUGUGAAAGCCACAACCUAUUAGCUAGUUCAUGUAGAAAACAUUAGUAGUCAACCUUGGGAAAGUUUGUGGUCGACCCCUCUAGCUCUUGCUGAUAGGU